GCGCGCGAGACACACGCACACGUGUGAUGACGUCACGCUAUCAAACGCGGCUCAAAGUGUCGCAUCCGGUUGAAAAAAAUAUUAUUAGCCUUAAGAUAAAGCGUCACGUUUCUAUAAUCUCGUUCUGUCUGCGUCCUCACUGACCUCAGCAUCACACCUAGGAUAUGUCUUAAUAGGGGUUCGUGUUUUCACAUCAUUCGAAUUCUCACAGACGGAUGUCAACAAAGUCGCUGGUUAGCAAUGUUUAGCUAGCGAAUGCUAACAAAUAGCCCGUUCGCAGUGGUUGAGACUCAAAUCCCGGGGCCGCUGUUAAUAUUCCCAUCGAGCCUGUUUUGGGACGUGUGUUGUCCCUCUCAUCUUCUGUGAGAUGGGCAGUCAUUUCCGCAGCUAUGUCUGGGAUCCAGUCCUCAUUAUCUCCCAGAUUAUUCUCAUGCAGUGCAUCUUCUACAGCUUCUUGGGUCUGUGGUUGGCUGGUGUUGAUGGUUUGGUCCAUACCAGUAGAUCACUCGACCAGAUAUUCAGUUAUGAGGCUCUUGGCUUUUCAACAACACAAGGUCGCUUGUCUAUGAUGGCGUUCACUCUGAAUUCUCUCACAUGCGCUAUUGGCCUGUGGUUUUUCAUCCGACGGGGAAAGCAGUGUCUGGACUUCACCGUGACGGUGCAUUUCUUUCACGUGAUUGGCUGCUGGAUCUAUAACGCCCAUCUCACAGCCGCCCUGUCAUGGUGGUUGGUUAAUGUGGCCUGCAUGGCCCUCAUGGCGGUCAUCGGAGAGUACUUGUGCAUGCGGACAGAGCUCAGAGCCAUCCCUGUCAACACGACACCCAAAUCCAACCUAUGAGGACUGUUUAGAAACAGAUGUGCCACAGCUGGUGUGUACGAGGUUGCACAUCGGCAGGACUGGCAUGUUGACAGAAGCUGCUGUGGUCUUCUGAGAGAUUGAGCAGAAGUGACUUGGAUGUUAUGUGAUGUUUUGCUCAUGUCACCGUAUGUAAUCCGGAUGAUGUUGAGAUGGUCCACAUUAGUUUCAUGCUGCAUCACAUGAUAAUCCUGCAACUUCCCUCAAUCAGCAUUAUGAUGGCAUUCGCAUCAUUUCAAAAUUACUAUUGUAAUUUUUCUUAUUUAGGACCAACAUUUUAUCAUUCAUGGAUGGCUACUGAAAAUAUGUAAGUCAUGGUCUGUUUUAAAAGCACAGAAAGCAUCUUGUGUAAAUUUUAAUCUAAAUAAAAUGCUAUGUAUUUCUCAAUAUUUGGAUAAUGGUUCCUGUUGCUUUGGAAAGAAAUACGAUAUUAAGCGGUUUUCCUGUUUUAUCAAGUGAUCCUUUAACAAAUACCAAGGGCAGAAUUUCAUUGACCUUCAAUGUAGUUUAUUAAACAAGUUUCAGUGAACAUGAAAUCAAAACUGAACUGAACACUUUUUUGAUUCAUGUUCUUGUUGAGCAUGUUAUUCCAGAAGUGAACAAUUACUGGCUACUAAGGUUAUUUUUUUGCCAUUGAAUAUCCUAUUUCUCUCCGAUAUCUUACAUUAAAGAAAUAAAAUGGGUUGCUAAUAAUGUCAUGUUUACUCUAAUAUAUGCAUUCUAUUUUGACACACGUGCCCAUUAAAUACGAUCAGUAUCUCUUUCAA